AUGAACAAAACUUGGUUCAAGAGGAAAUUGGGAAAUGGUCAUGGUGAGGAAGUGACUCGCUCAUGGCUGGUCUGUUCCACUUCUAAAAAGUCUGCAUUUUGUAUCUGUUGUAUUCUCUAUUCCCGGUCAGAUCAUCAAUCUUCAUUGGAGCAGGAAAGUGGAUUCAACCAGUGGAAAGCACGUGAAAGGAUAAGUGUUCAUGAAAAUGUUAAGAAUCAUCGGGAGUGCUUCAUACAGUGGAAAGAAGUGGAAAUAAAUUUAGCUGAAAAUAAAGGAGUUAUUGACGCGGAACUUCAGUCACAGAUUGAGAAGGAAAAGCAGAAGUGGCGUGAUAUCUUGCCGAGAAUCCUUCACUGCAUAAAAUUCCUUGCGAUUCAGAACCUGGCUUUGCGAGGACACGGGGAGUCAUUUGAGCUAGGCGAUGACUCCAAUAUGGGAAAUUUCCUUGGCUUACUGAAACUACUGCCCAUCUUUGACCCUGUCAUGAAAGAACACCUCACUCGUGUGGAAAGUCAUCCUGGAUCCACGUCUUACCUUUCACCGGGUGUCCAGAACGAAUUCAUCCACAUGAUGGCAUCCACUGUUUGCCAGAGUUUACUGAGAAGCAUUUCGUAA